AUGAGGAAGCAGGAGGUGCGGACGGGUGGGGAGGCAGGCCAGGGCCAAGGCCCCAGCUCCCCGGCAGGGCAGGUGAAAGCCCUCGUGGACCUCCUGGCCGGGAAGAGCAGUCAGGGCUCCCAGGCCCCACCGACCACAGACAGGACGCCACACAGUGAUGACUCGAGGAUAAAGAAGUGCCAGGAGGCUCUGCUGAACAGGGCAAAGGGCAGCCCAGAGCUGAGCGGCCCCUCGCCCAGGCUGACCAAUCUCCUGCUGGUGGAGGGGCUCACAGACCUGCAGCUGAAGGAACAUGACUUCACGCAGGUGGAGACCACACGUGGGGGCUGGCACCCGGCCAAGACCAUCGCCCUGGACAGACUCUUCCUGCCUCUGUCUCGGGUGUCUAUCCCACCCCGAAUCUCCAUCACCAUCGGGGUAGCUGGCGUGGGCAAGACCACCCUGGUGAGGAACUUUGUCCACCUCUGGGCCCGGGGACAGAUCGGCAAGGACUUCUCCCUGGUGCUACCUUUGACCUUCCGAGAUCUCAACACCCAUGAGAAGCUGUCUGCAGACAGACUCAUCCACUCUGUCUUCCCGCACAUUGGGGAGUCUGGCCUGGUGGCAGCAGCCCUACCCAAUAUCCUCCUGAUCCUGGACGGCCUGGAUGAAUGUAAGACGCCUCUGGACUUCUCCAACACUGUGGCGUGCACAGACCCCAAGAAGGAGAUCCAGGUGGACCAUCUGAUCACCAACAUCAUCCGAGGCAACCUCUUCCCGGAAGUUUCUGUCUGGGUCACUUCCCGCCCCGGCGUGGCUGGCCAGAUCCCGGGGGGCCUGGUGGACCGGAUGACAGAGAUCCGGGGCUUUACCGAGGAAGAGAUCAAGGUGUGUCUGGAGGAGAUGUUCCCCGAGGACCACGCCCUCUCAGACUGGGUCCUGAGGCGGGUGCAGGCAGACAGGGCCCUGUACCUGAUGUGCACGGUCCCGGCCUUCUGCCGGCUCGCAGGGUCGGCACUGGGUCACUUGAGCCGCAGCAAGCCGGGGCCCCAGGACGCAGAGCCGUGGACUCCAAGGACCCUGUGCGAGCUCUACUCUUGGUACUUCAGGAUGGCCCUCGGUGGGGACGGGCAGGAGAAAGGCAAGGCGAGCCCUCGCAUCGAGCAGGUGGCCCACAGCAGCCGCAAGAUGGUGGGAACUCUGGGUCGGCUGGCCUUCCAUGGGCUGGUCAGGAGGAAGUACGUGUUCUACGAGCAGGACCUGAAGGCGUUUGGCGUGGAUCUCGCCCUGCUGCAGAGCGCCCUGUGCGGCUGCUUCCUGCGGCGGGAAGAGACCCUGGCCUCCUCGACAGCCUACUGCUUCACCCACCUGUCCCUGCAGGAGUUCGUGGCGGCCGCGUACUAUUACAGUGCGUCCAAGAGGGCCAUCUUUGACCUCUUCACCGAGGGCGGCGUGUCCUGGCCCCGCCUCGGCUUCCUCACCCAUUUCCGGAGUGCGGCCCAGCGAGCCAUGCAGGCCGAGGACGGGCGGCUGGAUGUGUUCUUGCGCUUCCUCUCAGGACUUCUGUCUCCGAAGGUCAACGCCCUGCUGGCGGGCUCCCUGCUGGCCCAGGGGGAGCACCAGGGCUACCGGGCCCAGGUGGCGGAGCUCCUGCAGGGCUGCCUACGCCCCAACGUGGCCGUCUGCGCCCGGGCGGUCAACAUCCUGCACUGCCUGCACGAGCUGCAGCACACGGAGCUGGCCCGCAGCGUGCAGGAGGCCAUGGAGAGCGGGGGCCUGGCGGCGCUGACCGGCCCCCAGCACCGCGCCGCCCUGGCCUAUCUCCUGCAGGUGUCGGAUGCCUGCACCCGGGAGGCCAACCCGUCACUGCGCCUCAGCAAGGGCGUCCUCCAGAGCCUGCUGCCCCAGCUGCUGUACUGCCGGAGCCUGAGGCUGGACAACAACCAGUUCCAGGACCCCGUGAUGGAACUGCUGGGCAGCGUGCUGAGUGGGAAGGACUGUCGCAUUCAGAGGAUCAGCUUGGCUGAGAACCAGAUCAGUAACAAAGGGGCCAAAGCUCUGGCCAGAUCCCUCCUGGUCAACAGAAGUCUGACUGCUUUGGACCUCCGCAGUAACUCCAUUGGACCUCAAGGGGCGAAGGCUUUGGCAGAUGCUCUGAAGAUUAACCGCACUCUGGCUUUUCUGAGCCUCCAGAGCAACUCGAUCAGGGAUAAUGGUGCCAGGUCUGUGGCUGAGGCCUUGGCUGCCAACCGGACCCUCUCUGUGCUGCACCUACAGAAGAAUACCAUCGGGCCUGUAGGAGCCCAGCAGAUGGCAGAUACCCUGAAACAGAACAGGAAUCUGAAGGAACUCAUAUUCUCCAGUAACAGCAUUGGCGACGGAGGGGCCGGGGCCCUGGCUAAGGCCCUGAAGGUGAACCAGGGCCUGGAGAGCCUGGACCUGCAGAGCAAUUCCAUCAGUGAUGCAGGGGUGGCAGCACUGAUGGAGGCCCUCUGCGCCAACAAGACCCUCGUCAGCCUCAACCUGCGAGAAAACUCCAUCAGCUCAGAGGGAGCCCGGGAACUGGCUCGAGCUCUCUGCAUCAACAGCACCCUGAAGAACCUGGACCUGACAGCCAACCUCCUCCACGACCAGGGCGCCCAGGCCAUCGCGGUGGCAAUGAGAGAAAACCAGGCCCUCACGUCCCUUCACCUGCAGUGGAAUUUCAUCCAGGCCGGUGCUGCCAAGGCCCUGGGACAAGCACUACAGCUCAACAGGAGCCUGACCAGCCUCGAUUUACAGGAGAAUGCCAUCGGGGACGAAGGCGCCUCUGCAGUCGCCAGCGCACUCAAGGCCAACACGGCCCUCACUGCGCUCUAUCUGCAGGUGGCCUCCAUUGGCUCCCGGGGAGCCCAGGCGCUAGGGGACGCCCUGGCUGUGAACAGAACCUUGGAGAUUCUCGACUUACGAGGAAAUGCCAUCGGGGUGGCUGGAGCCAAAGCCUUGGCAAAUGCUCUGAAGGUGAACUCAAGUCUCCGAAGACUCAAUCUUCAAGAGAAUUCCUUGGGGAUGGAUGGGGCAAUAUUCGUUGCCACUGCAUUAUCUGGAAACCAUGGCCUCCAGCAUAUCAAUCUCCAAGGAAAUCACAUUGGGGAAUCUGGUGCCAGGAUGAUCUCAGACGCUAUCAGGACAAAUGCUCCUUCGUGCAUUGUUGAAAUGUGAGCAAAACAAGUUCCUGGUGGACCUGGUGGGAGGACAGGUGGAGCAACAACUGGAAGCUUCUGAACGGAAAGACCA